AAAUCGGUCAGUUCUCUAGCUACUCUUGUCAUAUCACCCAUGGCAUUUUCAUCACCAUGUUCUGUGGCCGUCUUGACUCUGUCCUGCCUCUUGCUCCUCCUCGUGGGGAGCUCCAAUGCUCAGCUUUCCACUGAUUUUUACUCCAAAACGUGCCCCAACGUCUUCACCACGGUCAAAUCCCAAGUGCAAUCGGCCAUCAACAACGAGGCCCGAAUGGGCGCCUCUCUCCUCCGCCUCUUCUUCCACGAUUGCUUUGUCAAUGGCUGCGACGGAUCGAUUCUUCUCGAUGACACGUCCACCUUCACCGGAGAAAAGAACGCUGCUCCAAACCGAAACUCAGCCAGAGGAUUCGAUGUCGUAGACAACAUCAAGUCCGCUGUGGAGAAAGUGUGCCCCGGCGUUGUUUCCUGUGCCGACUUGUUGGCCAUCACUGCUCGAGACUCCGUCGUCAUCCUUGGAGGGCCAAGCUGGAAUGUUAAACUUGGGAGGAGAGAUGCAAGAACCGCAAGCCAAGCAGCUGCUAACAAUAACAUUCCUCCUCCUACGUCAAACCUCAACAACCUUGUCUCUUUCUUCCAAAGGGUUGGCCUCUCCUCUAGAGACAUGGUGGCUUUAUCUGGUUCUCAUACAAUAGGACAAGCAAGGUGCACAAACUUCAGAGCCAGGAUCUACAAUGAGACCAACCUGGACUCUUCCUUGGCCCAGACAAGGCAGAGCAACUGCCCGAGGACAGCUGGUUCGGGAGACAACAACCUAGCCCCUCUCGACUUGCAGACUCCUACCGCGUUCGACAACAAUUACUACAAGAACCUGCUCCAGAACAAGGGCUUGCUCCACUCGGACCAGCAGCUCUUCAACGGCGGUUCCACCGACUCGCUCGUGAGGACUUACGGCAGCAGCCCGAACACCUUCAGCUCCGACUUUGCCGCGGGCAUGAUCAAGAUGGGGGACAUCAAGCCCCUCACCGGAUCAAAUGGUGAAAUCAGGAAGAAUUGUAGGAAGAUCAACUAAGACUUCAAUUUUCUUCAUCUUCUGGGAAUAAAAUUUGUUUCUUGCUUAUGGUCUAGUGUAGUAUUAGCGAAUGCAUUUGGAGAUUUCUGGUUUGGGGGUAUCAUGGACUUUGAAAGUGACCAUGCAAGUUAAGAGAGUAAGUUUUCAGUUUCUCAUUUUUCAGUUGUACUGAGCAACCGAGCAAGAUUGGUUUUCCAUGUUGUAAGAGCUUGAACGAUGCAAGAUGUACUAAAUUAUACUCACA